UUACAUUUAACACAUCUCUCGUGUGAUUUUGUCUUGUGAUAACCCAGAAUUCUGAUGGACUUCCACAAAUCAUAUUUUAGCAUACAGUAUCUGGGUCAGUCAAGCGAUAGGCUAUUGGUUUUGAGUGAGACGAUGAUGUUUAGGGAACCUUCAAACCCAUGCAAUCAGAUUUCCCUGGCGCAUCGUUGAGUCACCGCACCUGCACAGCCGUUCUUUCACGAAACAAGGAAUGGACAGGCUUAGAAUGAACCAAUCUUCGUUUACUGCUGGGAAUAUUUCGACAUUCGACAUGGAAAACCGACGCGCUCAAUAUGGUAAUUUCUCUUUGUUAACUUCAGUUUGUUUGAGCGUGCUUAUGACACUCCUAGUUUUUGCCACCGUGCUCGGCAAUGCACUUGUUAUUUUGGCGUUUGUUGUGGAGAAAAGUUUGCGCACUCAAAGCAACAUCUUCUUUUUAAAUUUAGCCGUAGCUGACUUUCUAGUGGGGGGGUUUUGCAUCCCCGUAUAUAUCCCUUAUGUGCUAACGGGAGAGUGGAGACUUGGAAGAGGUAUUUGCAAGCUGUGGCUCGUCAUCGAUUACCUGCUCUGCACAGCGUCUGUCUUCAACAUAGUGCUCAUCAGCUUCGACAGGUUCCAGUCCGUUACGAGAGCAAUGAGUGACAGGUGCCAGAAAGGUGUCACUCGGGAGGCACUGCUGAAAAUGGCGUGUGUGUGGCUGGCUGCGUUUCUACUGUACGGGCCUGCCAUCAUUAGCUGGGAGUACAUUGCUGGUGGGAGUGUGGUGCCAGACGGCGCAUGCUACGCAGAGUUCUACUACAACUGGUACUUCCUGAUGACAGCCUCCACGGUGGAGUUCUUCACCCCCUUCAUCAGCGUUACCUACUUCAACAUCAGCAUCUACAUCAAUAUUAGAAAGCGCAACUUGAUGAGGGUGGGCAAACCAAACGGCAAACCAAACGGAGAGGGGCAGAGGGAGAGCGGGGUGGAACUGCAAGGCAUGGUCCAGGGAGAGAAGCAGAGAGUGUUCUUCAUCAGCCCCACAGCCCCAGGGAGGAGAGCUGCAGGGGCCAGGAGCUCCAGUCUCCCCUGUGCAAACGCCUUGGCGGGACCAGGCGGGAGGAAGACCAGGCUGCUGGACCUGCCCCCCCUCCAGCUGGAGGAUCUGGUCCGGAGGCAGGCGGACCGGCGCUGCAGAACCGCAGAGCAGGGCCCUGGCAGGUCCAACAUGGCCGACGCCAACAUGGGCACCUGCUUCCGCCUCUCCAGGGACAAAAAGGUGGCCAAGUGCCUGGCGGUAAUCGUAUGCGUGUUUGGGCUGUGCUGGGCACCCUACACCCUAUUGAUGAUCAUCAGGGCGGCAUGCCACGGUCAGUGUGUCCAGCAGUAUUGGUAUGAGAUGUCCUUCUGGCUGCUGUGGAUAAACUCCUCCAUCAACCCAGUGCUCUACCCUCUCUGUCAUGCCAGCUUUAAGAGAGCCUUCAUCAAACUGCUGUGUCCCUCUAAGAUCAAGGUACAGCCUCUACACAUGGAGCACAAAUGCUGAGGAACAUUUUGAGGGGCAAAAUGCCCAUUUACGGAUUAAGCCUUAGACUGAAUGUGAUUAGGAUUUGACGUUUUUGUCACAUAUCGUUCACUUCUAGAAGGAAUGCAUUCUUAAAACUGUGCGCAGAGAAAUGGGAACCAUAGGGCUCGUACUAGCAAACAGCAGCCUGAGCAAUGCCGUGAAGUGAUAUCAUUGAGAAUACGAACUGCUGCCAGAACAUUCCCUUUUAUUUGGGGGUUUGACACUGUUCAUUGUAAAGAAAUAGCCUGUCAGGUAUCACGUCCGUUUGGUGUUCUGGUUGGUUGUGUGCAUCUAUUCUAAGAGUCAGUUAUUCCUAUUCAGCCAUAUAUAUGUAUUAAAAUUCUGUAUAACAUUUCAAUGGCCCCGUAUCCAAAAGCUCUUGAAAGUGGUGUGUAGUUUGUGCCUUGUCAUGGUCAAAUUCUAUAUGAAAUAAACCUUUUCAGGGGCAAAUAAACCCACAUUUCCAAA